AUGGAAAGAAGCCCAGGAAUAAAAAAGUUAUAUAUAAUCUCAAUUGCUAGUGUUAUUGGAACUAUAUUUCUGGUUGGAGUUGGAGUAUGCAUUCAGAAUAUAUAUCGCAUGGAGGCCGAUUUAGUUACAAACCCGAAAGUAUCAAAAGGAAUUGAAGUACCCGAAGUACUAGAAGAAGUUAAAGUACCCGAAGUGCCAGAAGAAGUUAAAGUACUAGAAGAAGUUAAAGUGUCAGAAGUAUCUAAAGUACUAGAAGAAGUUAAAGUGCCCGAAGUGCUAGAAGAAGCUAAAGUAUCUGAAGUGCUAGAAGAAGUUCAAGUGGCUAAAAUGCCAGAAGAACCAGAAGAAGUUAAAUUGUUGGAAGAAAUUGAAGAACCUAAAGAAGUUGAAGACUCUGAAAUAUUCGAAGUAUUAGAAGAAGCUAAAGACUCUGAAGUUCUUGAAACACCAGAAGAAGUUAAAUUGUCUGAAGAUAUUGAAGAAUCUGAAGCACUCGAAGUAUUAGAAGAAGCUAAAGUGCUUGGAGUACUCGAGGUACCAGAAGAAGUUCAAAUGUCCGAAGUGCCAGAAAUACUCGAAGAAGUUAAAGCACUCGAAACACCAGAAGAAGUUAAAGUAUUUGGAGUACUCGAGGUACCAGAAGAAGUUCAAAUAUCCAAAGUGCUAGAAAUACUCGAAGUACCAGAAGAAAUUAAAGUAUCGGAAGUCCUCAAAACACCAGGAGAAGUUGAAGAAAUUAAAGUCCCUGAAUUGUCUGAAGUACUCAAGCUACCAGAAGAAUCUAAAGUUUUUAAAGAAUUCAAAACACCAGAAGAAUCUGAAGUGCCAGAAGAAGUUGAAGUAAUAAAAAAGAAACAGCCCAUAGAGGAAGAACGUACACAGAAACAUAGCAUACUGGAAGAGGCAGAAAAUGUAAAAAAAGUAAACUCACAAGAGAAGGAAGAAACCAUUAAUCCAAAUUUGGAGGAAGACUGUCCAUUACAGAGACAAAAUAGUAUAAGGAAAUAUAAAUCUAAGAAAUCUAAUCUGGAUAACAAUAGAAAGAAGGAUUUAGAAGAUGAAGAAAUGAGUGAUUUAUAUGACUCAGUGCCUGUAAGAUCUAUAAGUAUAAAGCCUUUAGAUCUAGAUAGAUAUUUAGAAAGCAGUGCGCAAGAAGAGGCUAAUGAAGAAAAUAUAAAUGCAAGAGGUCAUAAUAUCAGUCCUAGCUUGAAGCAAGAUAGUGUGUUUAGUUAUAGUGACUUGAGUGGAGAAGAGAAAAGGCAUGUUCUUACGCCAAUAAUAGAGGACUCAGAUACAGAUACAUACUCGUUUGAGGAAAGUGAAUGCAAGAACAGUGAAAGUGCAGAUGAGAAUGAAAGUGAUUCUAAUUGUAAAAGCUCUUCAAAGUACUUCUCAAGUGAUUCUACCUCAAAUGAGCAUAGCUAUGGUAUACCUCCAAUGACAGAAAGCUUUAUUAAUAGUGGCCCAGCAGGAGCCAAAAAAAGGCCAGAGAGCAUAAAUUAUUCUAACAUACUAAAAGGUGGCAAGAAUGCAGUGGACUAUUUGCUAAAUGGUGGAGAUAAUCCAACCACAUCACAAGAUACUGAAAUAUCAGACAAAAAGCCAAUAUGA